AUGGCUCGGUUAGUUCAAGGACUCUGCUGCUUAUCAGCUGCGGCAUCAUCCCUCCUCGCAGAAGCUCCCGUAGCAAGAUCGGCCCGUCAACCCGAGUCCUUCCAGGUCUUCCGCGAUGUGCCUCCUCUACGCCAACUACGCCGGCAGCUGCUGAAAAAUGAUCGCUCCGUCGGGUUUGUGCCCACUAUGGGUGCUCUUCACGAAGGCCAUUUGUCCCUGAUUCGAGAAGCGGCCCGCGAAAACACCGAUAUCUUCGUCAGCAUCUUUGUCAACCCUACCCAAUUUGGUGUGAACGAAGAUCUUUCCAGCUAUCCACGUACCUGGGAUAGUGAUGUUGAGAAACUGGAGAAAAUAAACGAGGAGUUGGCUCAAAUUGAAGCCGAAGGAGGCUCAGGAACAGCCACUGGACGAAUCACCGCUAUCUUCGCCCCGACAUCCAAGGUCAUGUACCCAGCAUCGCCACCAUCCUCCGAGAUUGAUGGAGAGGGCUCUUUUGUCACAAUUACGCCCCUCGCAAAAAAGUUGGAAGGGAGCUCCCGACCAGUUUUCUUCCGCGGCGUUGCGACUGUGUGCAUGAAGUUGUUCAAUGCGACUACUCCGGAUCGGGUCUACUUCGGACAAAAGGAUGUGCAACAGACGGUGGUCAUUAAGAGAAUGGUUCAAGACUUUCAUAUUGGGACCGAAGUGCGGAUUGUGGCCACGACGCGAGAGUCGGACGGGCUUGCAUUGAGCUCUCGAAAUGUCUAUCUUGGUGAUCGCAGACGCAAUGUCGGACUCACCAUUUAUCGGUCACUCAAGGCGGCGGAGAAGGCGUACUUGGCUGGCAAAACUUCACGCGAAGAUAUCUUGGGCGCAGCCCGUAGUAUCGCAGACCAAGUGCUAUCAGAGCAACAGGCACUUUCACCAGCUGAACGGGCACUUUUUGAGAUCGACUAUAUUUCUCUCGCUGACCCUGACAUUCUUGAUGAGCUGGAGGUCGUUGAUCCUAGCAAGGGAGCCGUCCUGAGUACAGCAUUCAAGAUGGCGCCUCUAGAGGAGACUACAACUGGAGAGGAUUGUGGACUGGGCGAUGGCAAGGUUCCAGUGCGGUUGAUUGAUAACAUGAUCCUUCAACCUCAAGCUUAG